CUCUUUGCCCAGCUGUGGCGGCUGGGAGGAGGAAGCCCAGCUGUUCUUCACCAGUCCUUCCCAAAUAACAGUAUUCAGUUUGCAAAGUUAAAUAAACAGAAAGAAAAGGUCCGGUUGCACUUUUUAUUUGAGGACACGCAAGGGUUGUCUUUUAUUUUUUUAAAAUGUGCCCGCGUCUGGAUCCCUGACUGUAUCGAAGUCUGGAGGGCAGCAGAAAUAACCAGAGGCUACAAGGAAGGAGAUGCUGUUCUCCACCUCCGCCUGGAAGAUGGCUCGGCACUGGCCUACCCCAUUGAGUUCCAGCUGCCACCUCUCUGCAACCCUGACUGCCUCUCAGGUGCCGAUGACCUGGUGGCCCUGAGCUACCUGCAUGAGCCGGCUGUGCUGCACUCGCUCCGCCGGCGCUUCCUGGAGGCCAACACCAUCUACACCUACUGUGGUAUCAUCCUCGUUGCCAUCAACCCCUACCAGCCUCUGCCCAUCUAUGAAGAGGAGGUGAUUUAUGCCUACAGCGGCCGUGAAAUUGGGGACAUGGAUCCCCACAUCUUUGCUUUGGCGGAGGAGGCGUACAAGCAGAUGGUGAGGUUUGGGAAGAACCAGUCCCUCAUCAUCAGUGGGGAGUCAGGUGCAGGGAAGACUGCAUCGGCCAAGUAUGCCAUGAGAUACUUCACCACCAUCGGGGGCUGCCUGUACGACUCCAACAUGGAGGAGAAGGUGCUGGCCUCCAGCCCUGUCAUGGAGGCCUUUGGGAAUGCAAAGACAAUGAGAAAUGACAACAGUAGCCGCUUUGGGAAGUACAUCGAGAUCGGUUUUAGCCAAGCUCACGUCACAGGGGCCACCAUCAAAACCUACCUGCUGGAGAAGUCCCGUGUCACCUUCCAGGCACAAGCGGAGAGGAACUACCACAUCUUCUACCAGCUCUGUGCCUCCGCCACCCUGCCCGAGCUCCAGGGCCUGGGUCUCUGUGGGGCAGAGUCCUUCCACUACACCCGCCAGGGCCAGUGCGCCGUGGCACAGAGCACCGAUGAUGCAGCUGACCUGGAUAGCACGCGGCAUGCCUUCUCACUCCUGGGCAUCCCUGAGGCUGAGCAGCUGGAGCUGUUUCGUGUCCUGGCUGCCAUCCUGCACCUGGGCAACAUCGUGCUCAGAGGGAGGGACCGCCGUGGGGACAGCUGCUUCGUGGAGCCUGCUGAUGAGGCCCUGGGGCUGUUCUGCACGCUGCUGGGCACUGAGGCAUCGCAGGUGAUACGCUGGCUCUGCCACCGCAAGCUGAUCACUGCUGGUGAGACCUACGUGAAGCCCCUCUCCAGGCAGCAGGCGCUCGACUCGAGGGAUGCCCUGGCCAAGUAUAUGUAUGGGCAGAUCUUCAGGUGGAUGGUGAGCAGGGUCAACCAUGCUCUGCGGUCACUGGAGGGCCACCACAACUCCAUUGGCAUCCUGGACAUCUAUGGGUUUGAGAUGUUUGAUGUCAACAGCUUUGAGCAGUUCUGCAUCAACUAUGCCAACGAGAAGCUGCAGCAGCAUUUCAACCGGCAUGUCUUCAAGCUGGAGCAGGAGGAAUAUGUGACAGAGGAGAUCCCUUGGGUCUUUGUUGACUUCUGUGACAACCAGCCAUGCAUUGAGCUCAUCGAGGGCCGGCUUGGCAUCCUGAACCUGCUGAAUGAGGAGUGCAAGAUGCCCCAAGGCAGUGAUGGGAGCUGGGCCCAGAAGCUUUACCAGACGCAUCUCAACAGCUCCUACUUCCAGAAGCCCAAGAGGUCCACGGAUGCUUUCGUUGUCUGCCACUUUGCUGGCAAGGUGGAAUACCAGUGUGAUGGGUUUGUGGAGAAGAACAGGGACACUGUCCCCGAGGAGCUGGUGGGGCUGCUGCGAGCCAGCAAGUUCAGAGCCUCCCUGAACCAGCUGAUGGAGACGCUGAGCAGCACCGUACCACACUACAUCCGCUGCAUCAAGCCCAACGAUGGCAAGCAGCCCUUUGUGUUUGACUCCAGGCGAGCAGUGGAGCAGCUACGAGCCUGCGGAAUCCUGGAGACAAUCCAGAUCAGUGCCUCAGGCUACCCCUCCAGGUGUACAUACCAGGAGUUCUUGGAGAGGUACAGGGCUCUGGUGAGCAGAGAGGAGCUGAUGGGCACUGACGAGAAGCAGACCUGCAGCCUUGCCCUUGAGAGAUUGCUCCGAGACCCCAGCAAGUACCAGUGUGGGAAGAACAAGGUGUUUUUCCGGGCUGGCCAAGUGGCUCACCUGGAGGAGCUGCGGUACCAGCAGAUGAGGGCAGCCUGUGUCCUGCUGCAGAGGCACCUGCGGGGCUGGCUGGCACGGAGGCACUUUGGACGGGCACGUGCCGCAGCGAUCUGCCUGCAGCGCCAUGCCCGGGGCAUGCUGGCCCGCAGGUUCACCAGGAUGCUGCGAAGGACCAGGGCUGCUGUGGUGCUGCAGAAAACUGUGAGGAUGGUUCUGGCACGACGUUUCUACCUACGCAUGUGCCAGGCUAUCAUCACCAUCCAAGCCUUUGCCCGGGGCAUGUUUGCCCGACGUCUCUACCACCAGAUGGUGUGGCACCAGAAAGCCGUGGUGAUCCAGGCUGCUGUCAGGGGCUGGCUGGCCCGAACCCGCUACAGCCGCCUGCGUGGGGCUGUCAUCUACCUGCAGUGCUGCUACCGCCGGGUGCAAGCACGCCGUGAGCUGCGGCAGCUGCGUGUCGAGGCACGCUCCAUUGAGCGUUACAAGCAGCUGCACAAGGGCAUGGAGAUCAAGGUGAUCCAGCUGCAGUGUAGGCUGGAUGAGCAGGCCCAGGAGAAGCAGCAGCUGAUGGAGCAGCUCUCAGAGCUGAACGCUGCCCAUGCUGAGGAGGUACAGCGCCUGCAGGCUGAGGUGCAGCGGCUGCGGGAGGAUACGACCCGUGAUGCCCAGGUCCAGCAGCUGCAGGAACGGCUGGCCGAGCUGGAGAGGCACAGCAUGAAGAGCUGCCUGGUCCAGGAGGUUGAGGAGCUCAGGCAGCGCUUGGCAGAGGUGGAAGCCACGAAGCUGCAGCUGGAGGAGGAGAAGGAUGCCCUGAUCCAGCGUGUGUUGGAGCGGUCGCAGGAUCUAGAAGCACGGGAGAGCCAAGGGCUGCUGCAGGAGCUGGAAGAGGAGCGGGCACGCUACCAGAGCCUGGUGCAGGAGUACACCCGCCUGGAGCAGGGCUAUGAGAACCUGCGGGAUGAGAUGGCCUUCCACAGGGGGCAGGAGGAGCGGUGGCAGCUUGUGCCAGAGGGGUCGCGGCUGCAGCCCAGCAGUGAGGCGGUGCUGAACGGUGGUGUGAGCCAGGAUCCCUUUGAGAAGGCAUACCUCCUCCUCCUGGGGCAGCUCAAUGCUGCUAACGAGGAGCUGGCCCGGACCCGGGAGGAGCUGCGGAGGUCCCAGGCUCCUGUGGAGCCAGAGGAGAGGAAACUGUUGGACUUCUUCAAGCGCAGGAACUUCACUGAGAUGCUGGGGCUGGGUAAGAGCCCGGAGAAGGUGGCAGUGGAUGAUGACCUGAAGCAUGCGUACGAUGCAGUGCAGGUUGCUAAUAAGCUGCUGGAGAGUCAGCUGCAGGAGGAGAAACAGCAGCACAAGGAGGAGGUACAAGGGCUGCACCUCGACAUCUGCUCACUCAAGCAGCUGAGCCAGCAGCAAGCAGCCCUCAUCCAGGACCUGCAGUGGCACCAGGGGCAGGAGGGGCUGCAGCAGCAUGUCCUACAGCUCAGGGAGGAGAACAGGGAGCUGGCCCAGAAGCUGGAGAAGCAGGAGAGGAUUACACUGAAGCUCCAGAAGCAGCUGAGAGCCUACACAAAGCAGACCCAGGAGCUCACAGUGAAGAGAGAGGCCACCAGGCCAGCACAGGAGCUGGCAGCAUCUGCUGCGGUCCUGUCCCAAUCCCCUGUCGUCCCACCUCUGUCUGGGCUGUCCCAAGCCAUGCUGGCAUGGAGGAUGGAGGAUGAAGGGCGCAUUAUCAAGGCCAUCAUCACAGACUAUAAACCACAGAGCUGUCCUGGGGCACUUCCAGACCUGCCAGCCUACAUCCUCUUCCUGUGCUUCCGACACGCAGACCACUGCUGUGACGAGCUGCGGGCUCGCUCGCUCCUGGAUGCAGCCAUUGGUGCCAUCAAAGGGAUCAUGAAGAAGCACAGCGAUGACUUCAAUGUGGUGGCACUCUGGCUUGCCAACACCUGCCGACUCCAGAACUGCCUGUGCCAGUACAGCCAGGAUGAGAGCUACUGGCAGGGGAACACAGCGCAGCAGAACAAACAUCGCCUGCAGAACGUGGACCCCCAGAGCUCCUGCCAUAGCCUGGGUGCCCUGGCUGUCCAGCUCUACCAGCAGCUCAUCCGCACUGCUGAGAAGUGCCUCAAGCCCAUGAUUGUUUCAGCGAUGCUGGAGAGUGAGCCCAUACAGGGCUUGUCCUUCUCCUGCCCUCCCCGCCACCGCCGGUCCUCAGUAGCCUCUACCCACACCCUGCCUGAGCUGCUGCAGCAGCUGGGCUCCUUCCGUGCAGUGCUGAACCACCACGGGCUGGCCCCCAGUGUGGGGCACCAGGUCCUGCGCCAGCUCCUCUUCCUGGUCAGUGGCACCACCCUCAACUACCUGCUGCUGAGGAAGGACACGUGCUCCUGGAGCCGCAGCAUCCAGCUCAGGUACAACAUCAGCCAGGUGGAGCAGUGGCUGCGGGCAGAGGGGCUGCAGGAGAGUGGGGCCCGUGAGGUGCUGGAGCCCCUGGUCCAGGCUGCCCAGCUGCUGCAGGUGAAGAAGGUGACUGAGGCGGAUGCUGGAGCUCUCUGCAGCCUGUGCACGGUGCUGUCACCCCAGCAGGUUGUGAAGAUCCUCCGGGCUUACACCCCGGCUGCUGGGCUAGAGGAGAGGAUCAGCCCAAGCUUCAUCAGCAGGGUUGAGAAGCAGCUGCAGGACCAGUAUGGAGGGGGACCCAGCCAGCUCCUGGUGGACACCAGCCACCUCUUCCCUGUGCACCUGCCCUUCACUGCCUCCCCCCUGCACCUGGAUGAGCUCCACAUCCCUGAUGCUCUCAACCUGGCCUUCCUUGUCAGGCCCUAG